AUGGCCGUGUCGGCAACUCCGCCGGUGCUUUCUCCGAGCUCCACUCCGGGUAUGGGAUCUUUAUUCCGACCCGACCCGCUUUACUCCAGUCCGGCUGAAUCUCCGCGUCUCACCGGGAGCGUGAUCAAUGCUUUCCUGAGCGGCGGAGCAGGAGGAGGAGCGACCGGGACCAGCAACGGCUCCAUCGGACCCACCAGCAGCAACAGCAGCAAUAACGAGUGCAAGAUGGUCGAUGUGCUCGGGGUCAAAGUGGCCUCGUUUACCGUGGACGGUCAGGAGCUGAUCUGUCUGCCACAGGUGUUCGACCUGUUUCUGAAGCACCUGGUGGGUGGCCUGCACACGGUCUACACUAAGCUUAAGCGCCUGGACAUUUCGCCCGUGGUGUGCACCGUGGAGCAGGUGCGCGUGUUGCGCGGUCUCGGUGCCAUCCAGCCCGGCGUCAACCGCUGCAAGCUCAUCAGCCGCAAGGACUUCGAGGCGCUCUACAACGACUGCACAAACGCCAGUUCUCGCCCAGGUCGUCCUCCGAAGCGUUCCCUGGGGAUGUCCAUGCAGGACGGUUCCAGGCUUCUCCCACACAGUGUCCAUGGCCUUCUGUCCCCGGGUCUGCUCUCACCUACAGGAAUCACUGCUGAUCACAGCUCUGCUGUGUGUCUAACAGCAGCAGCCAUGGCAGAGGCGAUGAAACUUCAGAAGAUGAAGCUGAUGGCAAUGAACAGCAUCCAUGGAGUGAACAGCCAGAACGGCACAGAGUCUGAGAAUGAAGAGCUGAACUCUAAUGCAGGUGGCAGCGAGUCUUCCUGGGAUAAGGAGAAGCUGCAGUCGCCCCCAUCAUCCGGAGCACUGCAUGGCCUGGCCCAUGCCAGCCUGUCUGGCUCACACCUCAACUCACUACAGCAGAGCCACCUUCUGGCCAACCGCCUGGAUCUGCCAUUCAUGAUGAUGCCCCACCCCCUGCUGCCUGUCAGUCUGCCGCCUGCCUCUGUCGCUAUGGCAAUGAACCAAAUGAACCACCUGAACACUAUUGCCAACAUGGCAGUGGCCGCACAGAUGCACAGCCCUCUGUCUCGAGUGGGGGCAUCCGUCAUCAAGGAGUGUGUGCAGGACAGUCCAUCUCCAACUCCGUCUCUGGAGGAAACUCCUCGUCCAGGCUCACAGCCCUCCUCCCACGCCAGCAGCAGUGUGUCAAGCUCCCCAAAUCCACACACACAGAGCCCUGAGCACCUUGUGCUGAAUCAACCUGACGGGGAACUAGCAGAACCAGAUACUGGCAUCAACAUGAAGAAAAUAAUGAAAGAGAAAGAUAAAGCUCAGAUAACCUUGCCCAUGCUGAAGUCUGGUUUUGAGAAGCUUCCUCUCGGUGGACAGACUCUUCCUCCAGGCUUCUCUGCUCCGUUCCUCUUUAGUGAUGGACUGUCCUCAGUUGAGACGUUGCUCACCAACAUUCAGGGCCUGCUAAAGGUGGCGGUGGACAAUGCACGUGUGCAGGAGAAACAAGUCCAGCAGGAGAGGAAAGAGCUCAAGAUGGAGCUGUACAGAGAGCGAGAAAUGAGAGACAGUCUGGAGAGACAGCUCACCUCUGAACUUCACAGCCGAGCUACCAUCCAGAAGCGUCUUAAGAAGGAGAAAAAGGCAAAAAGGAAACUGCAGGAGGCUCUGGAGUUUGAGUCGAAGAGGAGAGAGCAGGUGGAGCAGGCACUCAAACAGGCCACCUCUCCCGAGAGCCUCUGCAUGAGUCUCAAUGAAGCAGUGAUACCAGAAGUGGAGACUGAACAUAAUGGCAAUCAGCAGGAAAACUCAGCUAUACCAGAGAACAGACCCUACACCAAACCUCCCAUCAUGUACUGAGAUGGAUGUGCAGCUCUUCCAUACACUCCUCCCCACCAGUAGAUGGCUGCGUCACUCCACAAAUGAACUUUUUGACACUACCGUUGGGGUUUUCAUGGGCAAGUUUUAAUGCUAAUGCCUAACGAUCACCUACACCCAUGUACAGAACUCACAAUAUUGUUUGUGUGAGCUGAGAAGAAGCAAAGUGCGAUUGUGCUCCUCAUAAGGAGUGUGUCUGCCAUGCCGCUCAUUGGCAGCGGCCUACCGCACCACAGCAACUUGUAUAAAAAUCUUUCCCUCUGGGUUUUCAACUACUUCUACAUCCCUUAAUGGGUCUAAAACAAGGUGUUUUGUUUUUAUUUCUGGAAGAACAUUCACUUGCUGUCAAUCUUCCACGUCCUUGUGAAGCACACUGCAGUGUCCUCCCUUGUGCUUACUGUUCUAUUCUGGACAAAUCUCCCUUUAUUAUUGAUCUUAUUGCUUUCAGUUGAUUUUUCCCUGCAGCUUGAGUCUGGACAGCACAAAUAUCUUUACAAGUCUGUGACAGGCAAACAUUCACAAGGUUCUUAAAAAAUAGCAUGAUGCAAAUGACCACGAAUGACAUAAAGACUCCAAUCAAGACCAGCGAGUUACACUUAUGCUUAAUGUUUUCCAGAUACAGAACAUCUUAUUUUUAAAUUUGUUGUACUGUGUAGGAAAUGUAGAAACGUCAUCUUUUUCUCCUCGGAGUGUUUAUUAUCCUACUGUUUAUUUCAUUGUUUGCUUUUGAUUGUAUUUUAAUCGACAUUACAAGCGAAUAUUCAAGAAGUGAUGUGGAAACAAACUCUCUGUAUGUCUGACUUCGCCCCUCUGACAACGGUCUCUGUAUUUCUCCCUUAAGAGAUAAAAAGAAAAGAAAAAAAAAAAAACUGAAGUUGUUGCUAUGAAUACAGUAUUACUGUACUCCCCGUUUUCUUUCAUUUUUUUACCUUUGUUUAUAAAGACUUGUAAAAAUGCUUUAGCAUUUGCUAUUCUCUUGUUGUUAUGAAGUGGAUACAUUUUUAGUGAUGAAAGAAAAGAAAACACACAGAAUAAAGUAUCCUUAUGCACAUCUGACACAAGCAUGCUUGUAGAUAUGACACUGAUGAUAAAUGACACUGUUUCAAGAUAACACAGCUGCCUCCUUUUAUCUUUUUUUAAGUUCCUGAAGAAACUUGGCAUUAAAACCAGGAUCUGGCAGCUAUCAGUGAUGUUUCAAUCUGAUGACACAACCACACAUCACAGCCUUACCAAUAACCCAACAAAUAAAAACAUCCAUAUGAACA